AUGGCUGCCUCUCCUUUGAAUGUCCAGCCUUCUUUCCAUGCUCGCUCAAACAGCUUGCCUUCAAGGCAACACCCCAUCGCUUCACAAAUCGAUGAAAAUCUGAACCGAUUGAGGGAAUCUCAAACUGCCUCUACAUCCUCAUCAAUAGCAGAUAAACUGAAUUGUCUUCAGGAUUUGUAUGACUCUGUCGAUAUGUUGCUUCAAUUGCCCCACACUCAACAAGCUUUAGCUCAAGAGCAGCAAAGGAAAUUGGUUGAUGAACUUUUGGAUGGAUCUCUCUUGCUUCUGGAUGUAUGCGGAACCGCUAACGAUGCCUUGCUUCUAACAAAGGAAGGGACACAAGAACUUCAAUCGAUUUUGCGCCGAAGACAAGGAACCCAAUGCCUUGGAAAUGAGGUUAGGAAAUACUUCACCUCCAGGAAGGCAGCAAGAAAGGCAAUCUGCAAGGCCUUAAAGAACUUGAAGCAUGUGGAGAAUAAACUUACCUCCUCUUCCUUCAGAAAAGAUGGUGAAACCGUAGCCGUUAUUAGCACCUUAAAACAAGUAGAAGCAGUAACCAUCAGCGUCCUUGAAUCCUUGUUGUCCUUUAUAUCAGGACCAGAGGCUGAAUUGAAAUCAAGCCGGUGGUCAAUAGUUUCAAAGUUAAUUCACAAGAAAAGAGUAAUGUGUGAGGAAGAAGAACAAAAAACAAAUGAAAUUGCAAAUGCUGAAGCUGCAUUGCGCUCCUUCGUUAAAUCUGGAAACACGAAGCAUAUCGAGAAUCUGCAAAAUGAGCUCCGAAACUCAGAGACGUGCAUCCCAGAUGUUGAGGAAGGUCUUGAAAGCUUCUUCAGGUGUUUGAUCAAAGCUAGAGUCACUGUUCUCAACAUCCUCAACUGUUGA